AUGGGAUCAAUCAACGUUAAAACCACCAACUAUACAGAACCGUUGAAAACGUUACAAGCCCACAGUGCUGGAAUCAAUUGCUUUGCUCUGUCUCCUGACCAGACGAUUCUGGCCUCUGGGUCGGACGACUGCACGAUUCGUCUAUGGACUCAAUGCGAUGCGCAACAGGACUAUGUACGAUGCUAUCAAAUUUUGGCCGCGCAUACCAAUUACGUGACAGUGUUGAUGUUCUUUCGGGAUAGAUUAUUGUCCGGCUCAGCAGACCGAGAUAUUCGUCAAUGGGAUGUCAGAAGCGGACAAUGUUUACUGGUUCUCAGUGGUCAUGACGAUGUGAUUAAUUCAAUAGUGUGCACUCGCGAUCAUGUGUUCUCCGCUUCGAACGACAAAACUGCCAUAUGUUGGGAUUUUAAUACCGGAAUGCAGGUGACCCAGUUCAAGGGUCACACACACAACGUGAAUGCUGUUACAUGUACUGAACAGAAUGAAGAAGCGGUGAACGAGAGAAACGGAGAAGCACAUUCCGCCGGAGACAUGGCAGCUCUGAUCAAACAAAUGGGGUCACGGGAGUGUGUGUACACGGGUUCAGCGGACAAAACGGCCAAAGCGUGGAGCACACGAAGCGGCAAAUGUUUACUCACCUUCAGAGGUCACUCCGGACCAAUCACACAGAUGAGGAUAGACAAACAUGGGCACAUUCUGUAUACAAUUUCUGCGGAUGGAACGGCGCGUAGUUGGUACGCUGAAUCGGCGAAACCGCAGUUUGUAUUCGAAGGACAUAAAAGUGAUGUGAUUUGUCUCGAGACAACCAGUCAGUACGUGAUCAGUACCGGGAACGACGGUCUGCUUGUCGUAUGGCCGAAGUGGGUCGAUCAACCUGUGAAUGAAGAAGAACAAGCAGCCGGACAGACACAACCGAAUGAAUUAUAA